AUGUCGGAGACCAGCUCCAUCAGUUCUGGAUCGACAGUCGGUUCAGGCAGCCGGGUGUUCCAGCUGGCCAGCAGAGGAGAAUGGGGUGUCCUGGAACAGGCUCUGAAAAGCAUGGACAAGGGAGACCGAGACAUCACUCUCACCGACGAAGUGUCAUUCACAGUAUUCUGCAUUCGUGUUGAGGAGUCUGGGGAGCUGGCUGAAAGCUAUAAUUUUGAAUCUGGUCUGACUCCACUUCUGAUCGCUGUUCGAGAAAACAAGUUGUCGAUUGUGGAAAGACUGUUUGAGUUAGGAGCCAAUCAGAAUGAUAGGUUAAAGGAUGGAAGGACUGCAUUGCACAUCGCUGCAGCACAUUCAAAGGAUGAAAUUGUUCGACUGCUGUUGGCUAAGAAGUUGGACCCUAAUCUGACGGGAGGGCACAAGGAUCAGUUGCCUCUACACAAUGCAGCUAGUCGACCCAGUGGCGCACUCAACAUAGUUCAGAUGCUGCUGAAGUCCUCAAACAAAGAUGCUCGAUUCAUACAAGAUAAGGAUGGCUGCAUCCCAUUGUUUCUAAGCGUUGAAAUCGGUAACAUCGCAGUCUGCAAGGAGCUGCUUAGUGUUAAUGCCGAUCUGCAGCUCAGGGCGCAAAGGAAGGACAAUGGUGACACAGUCUUGCACGUUUGCUGCAGAAAAAAAGAUACAGAACUGGCUAAACUCUUGGUGGAGUUAGGUGCUGGUGUUGACUUUCAAAAUGAUGACGGCCAGACUCCCUUACAUGUUGCUGCCUGUGAAGGAGAUGAAUUUAUGCUGAAGUUCUUCUACCAGUACAAAGCCAACCCAAACAUUGCAGACAAGCUUGACCGGUCCCCAUUACACGUCGCUGCAGAGCGAGGACACACCAAUGUGGUGGAAGUAUUGACCGGGAAAUUCAAGUCUAAUGUGUUGGCCCGAACCAAGGAUGGAAGUACCCUGAUGCACAUUGCCUCACAGUGUGGCCACCCUGACACAGCACUGGCAUUUCUGAAGAAAGGGGUCCCUUUGCAUAUGCCCAAUAAGUCGGGGGCAGUGUGUCUGCACGCUGCAGCAAGAAGAGGGCACACAGCUGUUGUGAAAGCUUUGCUCCAGAAGGGAGCACACAUCGAUGCUAAAACGAAGGACUGCUACACGGCCCUACACAUUGCAGUGGAGCACUGCAAACCCAUGGUGGUACAGACCCUGCUGGGCUUUGGGGCCCAGGUGCAGCUUAAAGGCGGCAAGGCUCAGGAGACUGCAUUACACAUUGCAGCUCGGGUUAAAGAUGGCGAGAAAGUGGCAGAGAUGCUGUUAAAAAGUGGGGCUGACGUAAACGCAGAUCAAGAGAACGGUGAAACCGCCAUGCAUGUUGCGGCUCGUCACGGCAACUUGAAAAUGAUCCAGGCGUUGAUUGAGGAGGGAGGAGAUUUAACAUGGCAGUCAAAGGCUGGAGAGAAUCCAUUGCACAUUGCAGUCCGACACUGUCACGUCAGUGUUGUGGAAGAAAUAGUCAACUACCUGACCAAUGAGAGGAGCCACGUUGAGGCUAUUGCAUGUGUCAACCAGGAAAACAAGGAUGGAGAAACGUCCCUGCACCUGGCAGCACAGAUUAAGAAAGAUGUGAUUCACUUUCAGCAAGAAGACACUAAGAUUGUUAAAAUUCUCAUGGAGUAUGAAGCUGACAUCACUGCAAUGACAAAGCUGACUCAUGAGACUCCAUUGCAUUACUGCGCACAUGUGGGGAAUGCUGACAUUCUUCUUGAGAUCUUGAAAUACAUCAGCUCAAAUAGAAUCCAACAGGUCAUCAAUAAACAAUCCAAGAAUGGUUGCUCCCCACUGCUUCUGGCUGCAGAGAGAGGGCACACUGAGAUAGUGAAGAUACUGCUGUUAAACCAUGCUAGAGUGGACGUAUUUGACGAGCAUGGUAAAGCUGGGCUUCACUUGGCAGCAGAGAAUGGCCAUGAUCAGAUUUCAGAUAUCCUACUCUGGCACAAGGCCUUUGUCAAUGCCAAAACCAAACUUGGCCUGACGCCACUUCACCUGGGAGCACAAAAUGGUUACAAUAGGCUGGUAAAGCUUCUACUGGAGACCCACGCAUCCAGUAUUGAUGCACUCUCUCUGGCGAAGCGAACUCCUCUACACCUGGCAGCAGGGAACGGGCAACUCGAUGUUUGCAACAGUUUGCUCAAGAUGAAGGCAGAUGUGAAUGCCACUGAUAUACAUGGACAAACGCCACUUCACCUGUCUGCGGAGAAUGAUCAUUCUGAAGUUGUGAAGCUCUUCCUCAAACAGAAGCCAGAACUGGUGACUUCAGCAAACGUGGAAGGGUCCACCUGUGCACACAUCGCUGCAUCAAAGGGAAGUGUCGCUGUAAUAAAAGAGCUGCUAAAAUUCAAUAAAGCUGGAGUCACUACAGCUCGGAACAAGACUAAAGACUCCACUCCACUCCAUCUAGCUGCUGCUGGUGGUCAUGCAGAGGUCGUUAAGGUGCUAUUGGAGGCUGGGGCAUCUGCCACUGAUGAAAACGCGGAGGGAAUGAAUGCAAUUCAUUUAGCUGCCAAAAAUGGACACAUUCAUGUCCUGGAAGCCCUGAAAGGCACUGUAUCCUUUAAAAUAACCAGCACAAAGACUGGAUUCACAGCCCUUCAUGUGGCUGCACAUUUUGGCCAGAUGGAUUUUGUGAGGGAGAUUCUCACCAAGGUACCAGCAACCAUGCGCAGUGAGACUCCGAAGACCACCAGCGAGGGACACCUAAUGAAGGAGCAGCCUUUAUUGUUGCUGCUUCAGUCAGGAUACACACCAUUACACCUGGCGGCACAAUCUGGACAUGAGAACUUGGUGCGACUUCUGCUUAACUAUCCAGGGGUUCAGGUGGACACUCAAACCAGCCUGCAGGGUUCCACCCCACUCCACCUCGCAGCGCAGAAUGGACACACUGCAGUAGUUGGGCUUCUCCUGAGUAAAUCCACCUCCCAGCUGCACCUCAAAGACAAAAGAGGGCGCACCUGCCUGCACCUGGCAACAGCCAAUGGUCACAUUGAGAUGGCACGAGCACUACUUGGCCAGGGGGCUGAGAUCAACGUCAUAGAUAAGAAUGGUUGGACUCCACUGCAUUUUGCAGCAAAAUCUGGUUACUUGGAUACAGUGCAGUUCCUGGUGGAAAGCGGAGCUUCUCCCAAGCUGGAAUGUAAGGAAGGAAAGACUCCCAUUCAGUAUGCAGCAGCUGAUCACCACCAAGAGGUGGUUAGCUUUCUAAUCCGAAAGAACAACAUCACCCUUAAACUAACAGAGGAUCGCAAGUUUAUCUUUGACCUCAUGGUCUGUGGAAAGCUUAAUAGAAACAAGGUCAUUGAAGAGUUUGUACUGCACUCAGCUGCCCCCAUGGACACUGCCAUCAAGCUCUCCCGCGCUUUUGGCAUCACAGCUCUGAAGGAAAAAGAAAGGCUGAUGGAGCUGCUGGAAGCAGCCAAGUACUGCGAAAACAUGGCGGCUGAGCUCCUCACUGUAGCAUCUGGUUGCCGGAGUGCUGGAUACCUACUCCGUGCCGUGGACCAUCGUGGCACUACAAUGCUGGACUCUUUAAUAGAAUGUGAACAGAAGGAUGUGGUGGCCCACCCAGCAGUCCAGAAAUACCUGACCGAUGUCUGGUACGGGAACUUGAAGUGGGCCCACUGGAAAAUAGUCCUUUUGUUCUUUACCUUCCUUUUUUGCCCUCCUAUCUGGCUGAUGUUCUCCCUUCCGCUUAAGCACCGGUUCAACAGGAUUCCGAUUAUGAAAUUCAUGAGCCAUUUGGUCUCUCACAUCUUUCUCCUGGUGUUAUUUAUAUUAACCAUUGUCUAUCCCCCACUUAGCCCAAUAUAUGAAGGGCAGAUGCUGCCGGGCUGGAACGAAUGGCUCCUGUUAGCUUGGCUUUCAGGAAUGCUGGUCUCGGAACUGACCCAUCCCGGGGAGAGAACAGGACUAGCAUGGAUACGGGUUUUCAUUCUGGGAUUUUCAGCCAUUGCCGUCUUCUGUCACCUGCUUGCCUUUGCUUUCCGGGACCAUGACCGGCUGCACUGCUUCUUUGCACGAAACAUUUUCCUCGCAGUGGCCAUGACACUUUGUUUUGUGCAGUUUUUGGAGUUCCUAACAUUCCACCACCUCUUCGGCCCCUGGGCUGUCAUCAUCCGAGACCUGAUGAAGGACCUCGCCAGGUUUGCAGUCAUUCUGGCCCUGUUUCAUGUAGCCUUCACCAUGCAGCUUUCAGCUGUUUACCAGCCUGUAUACCCAGUACUGCCGGUCAACCCAUCCGCUGGCAAUAGUUCAGGUUCAGAAGAGCAUUAUUAUGAUAUUCAAGACCCUUUGGAUAUUACUGUCCUACUUUUCUUUGCUCUGUUCGGUAUGGUGGAUCCAGACACCUUACCUCCAUUGUAUCGGACACCUAUUUUUACCCAAUUCAUUGUCAAGUUUGUGUUUGGAAUGUACCUUGUCAUGACCCUGAUUGUUCUGAUUAACUUGCUAAUUGCAAUGAUGAGUGACACCUACCAGCGGAUCCAGGCGCAGUCAGACACCGAGUGGAAGUUUGGGAGGGCCAUGCUGAUCCGUGAUAUGAUCAGGAAAUCAGGGACUCCUUCUCCAUUCAACCUGUGCACCAAUCUUUUCUACUACAUUAAGAUGCUGUGCAAACAUAGGGGUAAACUGUGCUCCACAGAGGGCAGGGAGUUGAUGAAUGAAGAAGAUGAACUUGACACAAUAUCGGAUACACGUUCUAUUGACAUGUUGGCACAUACAUCUGUUGGUUGGAUACGAAAUACCUCAAAGAGAACAACACAAGUCUCUCCCGAAGGUGGUUUCUUAAGAGGCAUACGCCAAAAUGGUCCGAUGCAGAUUGAAGAUGUUAUCGACUGGCACAGUGUCGUGCUCCGUUACCUAACAAUGAAAGGGCAGACUGAUGCUGGAUUGGUCUUGAUACAGCUGCAGUAUGAAGGAAGGCCCAAGGUCUAUAAGUAUGAUUUUGGCACCAACUGCCAAAUCCCAGCAUCGUCAAAAUCAUGAGAUGCUGCCCAGAUUGAUGACUGUUUUAUUCAAUGAAGUAUGUGGGAAACCAGCGCAGUGACGUGUGCACCUUUCAAGGACAUCAACUCGGUUGAAAACAGUUACUUGUCAAGCAUUAGUGAUCUGUGGAGCAGUGUCAUUGUAACCAUUGACAAAAUGUAGUAGAGUGUGAUAUAUUUUUAAUUCAUUGUGGAGUUACUGUAUAGUUUAAAGAGCAUCACCUCCAUG